AUGAGAGUCCUGGUCUUGUGGCUCAUCUUCCUCUUCACAAUUACUGAGGGCAGUGAUGGCUUCUUUGGGAGAAAUGAUGGCAUCAAAACAAAAAGAGAACUCACAGUGAAUAAGAAAAAGCACCCAGUGCAGGAAUAUGAGCUGUUGCUUCAGGUGCCCUAUAGAGAUUCCAAGGAGAAAAGAGACUUGAAGAAAUUGCUGAAGCUUCUGAAGCAUCCAUCAUUAUGGCUCCAUGGGCCAAUGAAGAUCAUCAGAGCGAAGGCGACCACAUACUGUGGCCACCAGAAUGGGGUUCUACGGUGUGCCUGUGAAGAUGGCUAUACCUGGUUUCCUCCUGCAUGCCUUGAUCCCCAGAAAUGCUACCUUCACACGACUGGACCACUCCAGACUUGUGACUGUCAUCUCAAGAACCUCACCAGGAGUGUCAAUUUCUGUGAGAGAACAAAAGUUUGGGGCACUUUCAAAAUUAAUGAAAGAUUUACAAAAGACCUUCUGAAUUCAUCUUCUGCUAUAUACUCCAAAUAUACCACUGAAAUUGAAAUUCAACUUAAAGAAGCAUACAAAAGAAUUCAAGGUUUUGAGUCAGUUCGUGUCACUCAGUUUCGCGAUGCCAUUUUCCCAGUUGGACAGACCCAAACCCUGGAGUCAUCCUUUAACUUUUUAUUGAGAAGUGGAAGCAUCCUUGCUGGGUAUGAAGUUGUUGGCUCCAGCAGUACCUCUGAGCUGCUGUCAGCCAUUGAACAGGUGGCUGAGAAGGCUGAGGAAGGCCUUCAGAAGCUGUUUCCACUGGAAGAUGACUCUUUGAGAGUAUUUGGAAAAGUUCAGUGUAAUAGCAUUGCCUUUGGAUUUGGGUUUAAGAAUGAUGAGUAUACUCUUCCCUGUAGCAGUGGCUACACUGGGAACAUCACAGCCAAGUGCCAGCCCUCUGGGUGGCAGGUCAUCAGGGAGACAUGUGUGCUUUCUCAGCUGGAAGAACUGAAGAAGAAUUUCAGUGUGAUUGCAAGCAAUGCCACUGAGGCAGCCAUGUCAUCCUUGGUGCGAAAUCUUUCAGUCCUCAUUCAGCAAAACCCAUCAACCACAGCUGGGAAUCUGGCUUCAGUGGUGUCAAUUCUGGGUAAUGUCUCAUCUCUGUCACUGGCGAGCCAUUUCAGUGUGUCCAAUUCAACAAUGGAGGAUGUCAUCAGUAUAGCUGACCACAUCCUUAAUUCAACAUCAGUAACCAACUGGACAGUAUUACUGCAGGAAGAAAAGCAUGCCAGCUCCCAGUUACUAGAGACAUUGGAAAACAUCAGCGUUCUGGUACCUCCAACAGCUCUGCCUCUGAAUUUUUCUCGGGAAUUCAUUAACUGGAAAGGGAUUCCAGUGUCUGAAAGCCAACAUAAGACAGGUUACAACUAUCAGACUGAAAUGUUCCCCCCAAAUACCUCCAUUCCCAUCAGAGGCCGUGUGUUAAUUGGGUCAGACCAAUUCCAGGGGAUCCUUCCAGAAACUAUUAUCAGCAUGGCCUCAUUGACCUUGGGGACCAUUCUACCCAUUACCCAAAUUGGAAAUGCUCAGGUCAACGGGCCUGUGAUAUCCACUGUUAUCCAAAACUAUUCCAUAAAUGAAGUCUUCCUGGUUUUUUCCAAGAUAGAGUCAAACCUGAGCCAGCCUCAUUGUGUGUUUUGGGAUUUUAGUCAUUUGCAGUGGAAUGAGGCAGGCUGCCACCUAGUGAAUGAAACUCCAGACACAGUGAUGUGCCGGUGUACUCACCUGACCUCGUUCUCCAUGCUGAUGUCACCCUUUGUCCCCCCUGCCAUCAUUCCGGUUGUGAAAUGGAUCACCUUUGUGGGGCUGGGUGUCUCCAUUGGAAGUCUCAUCUUAUGCCUGAUCAUCGAGGCCCUGUAUUGGAAGCAGGUCAAGAAAAACCAAACCUCGCAUACACGUCAUAUCUGCAUGGUCAACAUAUCCCUAUGCCUCCUGAUUGCUGAUGUUUGGUUUAUUGUUGCUGCCACUGUGGAUACCACGGUCAACCCUUCUGGGGUCUGCGUAGCUGCAGUGUUCUUUACACACUUUUUCUACCUCUCUUUGUUCUUUUGGAUGCUCCUGCUCGGCCUCCUGCUGGCUUAUCGGAUCGUCCUCGUGUUCCAUCACCUGGCCAUGCCUUCAAUGCUGGCUGUCGGGUUCUGCCUCGGCUACGGGUGUCCUCUCAUUAUAUCUGUCAUCACCAUUGCGGUCACACAACCUAGCAAUGGCUACGAAAGGAAAGACGUGUGUUGGCUGAACUGGUCCAGUAGAAGCAAACCCCUCUUGGCCCUCGCUGUUCCCGUGCUGACUAUUGUGGCUGUGAAUCUGGUGGUGGUGUUCUUAGUUCUUACGAAGCUCUGGAGGCCCGCGGUUGGAGAGAGGCUGAGUCAGGACAACAAGGCCACUAUCGUCCGCAUGGGGAAGAGCAUCCUCAUUCUGACCCCUCUGCUGGGGCUCACCUGGGGCUUUGGCAUAGGAAUAAUGGUGGACAGCCAGAAUCUGGCGUGGCAUGUUAUUUUUGCAUUGCUCAAUGCCUUCCAGGGUUUUUUCAUCUUAUGCUUUGGAAUGCUCUUGGAUAGUAAGCUGCGACAAUUGCUGUUCAACAAGUUGUCUCCUUUAAGCUCUUUGAAGCAACCAUCAAAGUUCUGGCUUUUACAUCUACAAGCUAACAUCAUGGCUCGCCACAAAGGUGCCAUUCACAUAAGGAGAGCAUACUUAGAAACAAAAGUACUUGCACCCAUGUUUUGUAUUUUUGCAGUUAAUUUUGACUUUCAUCUUUCAGCAAAACACUGA